UAGCACAUUUCCUUAUUACAAACUGUAAAAGACGAGUAUUAAAAUCAAUAAUUUCUGUCUGCACAUGUGAAUGUAAUGAUCUGUAUAUCACAGGAGGGAAGUCAUAUUGCAUCACGUGUGUGUUUUUUCAAAGCCAUGCAGCCGGGGUUAGAGUUCAGUAAAUACUGAUGAUGUCAUCGUCUGAAGAUGGCUGAAGGAGAAGGCUGGUGGGGAGGCUGGCUUCAGCAGAGCUUCCAGGCCGUCAAAGACAAGUCAUCUGAGGCCUUAGAAUUCAUAAAGCGAGAUCUGACAGAGUUCUCCACUGUGGUGCAACAUGACACAACCUGCUCAAUUGUGGCUACAGCCACUGCUGUCAGGAACAAGCUUGCGGUGGAAGGUUCCUCUGAGACCACAGAAAAGGUGAAGAAAAGCCUGUCUAGUUUCUUAGGGGUGAUAACAGACACGCUUGCUCCACCCCCUGAUAAAACCAUUGAUUGUGAUGUAAUCACAUUGGUGGCAACUCCAGCUGGAACUACAGAGGUCUAUGACAGUUCUAAGGCACGUCUCUACAGUUUGCAAGCUGACCCUGCCACAUACUGCAAUGAGCCUGAUGGUCCCCCAGAGCAGUUUGACAACUGGCUGUCCAGCUUCAGUUUGGAAGACAAGAAAGGAGAAAUCUCAGAGCUCUUGGUUAACAGUCCAUCUAUACGAGCCCUUUACACCAAAAUGGUGCCAGCAGCUGUAGCUCAUUCAGAAUUCUGGCAGAGGUAUUUUUACAGAGUCUUCCAGUUGGACCAGGAGGAGGCGAGGAGAGUGGCGUUGAAGCAGAGGGCAGAGCAGACUACACACACAGAGACCCUGGGCUGGGAGGAGGAGGAGGAGGAUGACUUCCUUGGCGCCACAUCAUCAUCUCAAAUCAACUUCACACCCCUGUUGGAAAACAGCUCAACCCAGCUGCCCACAACCUUGACAGCUCCCACAGGAACGACUCUGCUGAGCCCCGUCCUGUCUCCCAGCGAAGAACGCGACAACACGCUCUCAGUCAGCAGCGACAGCGUCAGCCUGCCAACGCAGGUGGAAGUGCGGCCAGAGCCUGUUGCCACAGAGCUGGCCAAGAAACUGACGGAAGCUAGCUUGGAAGAUGUUGCGGACAAGACACGAGAAGAGCAAAAGCCUGGAAAGAGUGACUUACCUCUUGAGGCUCAAGUGGAAGCUGUAACCCAACCAGAGGUCACUGUCGACGGGGCGUCAGCACGGGCUUCUGCCCCCACCUCUAAACCAGAAGCAGCAAAAGAGGAGGGGCCGCAGGACCUGAGAGUGUUCGAGCUUAACUCUGACAGCGGCAAAUCUACGCCCUCUAACAAUGGCAAGAAAGGGUCCAGCACCGAUGUGAGUGAGGACUGGGAGAAAGACUUUGACCUGGACAUGACUGAAGAAGAAGUACAAAUGGCACUCUCUAAAAUAGAAGCUUCUGGAGAGUUGGACGAAGACUGGGAGAACUGGGACUGAGAGCCACUUCAACACGAACUCUGUCCCGCCAUUAAAGCUAGUUCUCGGCAGACGAACCAUGCUUAAUGUGUUUUAACUCUUUGUCCACACUGUCACCAUGUCAUGAUUGUCAGUAGGGGAUUUUCCAGCGGGUUUGGACCAUAUUGGUAAACCCGUUGAAAAGAGCAACGGGAAGACCAAGGCAAUAAGAAUUACACUGCUCCGUCAGCUGUCAGUUUAGUGCAGAUAGGCCGUUAGCGAGGGUAACGACUCAGGUCUUGGCUUUUUCUUGGAGUAACUUCUGACUUAGAGAGCAUAUGACACUAGUCGCUACCUUUUAAAUUCUUAAGGACAUGCAGUGACAAGUCAGAAUGUGAACGGUAUCACCGCAGCAGGGGAGGAGCUGUUUCCCCUUUUUCUUUAUGCCAUUAAAUACAUCACAUAUGUUGCGAGUGCAUUGCAAGUUGGGCAAUGACUUAACUGCAGGCUGCAAAAUAGCCAUAAACUAUAAUGCUGCUUGUCACCUUUCUAAGAUGAAAUACAUUGCAAGUGAUUUUUGAGUGACGAUGAUCGGUUGAUUUAAUUCUACCUGUGCCCCGUUCUUUCUUUCUCAUCUUUAUUAUGCAAGUGGAUCUUAAAAUGGAAACAAAAAAUAUGUUGGCCUUCAUUCAUGGAGCACUUUUCAUUUUGGAUUCACUCCCAACUCUAGAUAUAUGGCCUUGGAAAACACACGGUAGUGUGAUAAUGUUAUCCAAAUGUUUUUGUUACGAGUCAGUCAUCUUAAACACAACCAGCUCAUGUGUCACUCUUAGUUCUUACCCCUCUCUUUGUCAUAUGUGAUUCAUUUGAAAUAUGAGCGUGUUGCAGGCUACAUGUAACUCUGUCACUUCUAAAUAUUUCACUUCUAUGAGUUUGUCUUCUUUGGGUUGAGGGAAUUGAUUUGUCAUGACUCGUUAAGAGAGAGCUUCUAUCAAUUCAAACUGGUCCCGGUGUCAUGAUACUGGAUUCUUUGGCCUGAAAUCGAAGUUCUUGUGUUCACUUGUAUAGAAAAAUAGGACAAAUUGGUGAAGAUUAAAGUUUCUCUGUCGGCCCAUGUUUGGAACAAAAUGGCUCAGCAGGCAGUGUGCCAAGUAGACCAAGGAGCAACGUGAGCGCGCUCCAUGCUUGUCUGAUUUCCUUUUCCAUCAUCUGUAAUGUAACCGAGAAAAAUAAUCCUAGAGAUGUAAUAUUUAUACUAAAAUAAAUGCUUAAUUAUUGUAUAAUGUGCUUUGGAUUGCAUGUCUGUGCAAUAAACAUGCAAAACAUUGUGCAGAUGGUUACUGUUGAGUUGUAUGUUUUUCGGUAAAACACAUUGGCUGUUCUUCAGGUUUUUGUGUUCAGACGACGUGUUGCAUGUCUAUAAUUCUCGGCUGUGUAUUCCCUUCAGAUUCAUACUUUGAACUAAUCAGAGCUGUUCUGCACACAUCUGUUUUCAAAGCUGUCAUUUUCUUUUUUAUUAAGUAUGUCACUAUAUUUUUCAAAUGAUCAUGGUCAUUAAAGGAUUCAUGGCUAAUGGG